GGCCCACAUAUAGAUCAGGCGCUCCGGGGUCCAACGGCACUCUGUGGACUACUGGCGCUACCUUGAGGAUGCUCAUCGUUGCGUCAGCCGCUGCUUCCCGUCCGCUUCCAUUCCUGAGAGCCCGAAGCAGAGGCCGAGGACCUCUGCCUGGUCUCCGCACGGCUAAACCAGAAGCUUUGACCGAGCUACAGCUGCGCUCUUCCUCCUCCACUCUCAGCUGCGCCUGCUCUCCGUCUCCCGAUCCCGAUCCCGGCGAUGGUGGAGAGGGCAGAGCCCGUCACCUGUUCGACGACUUUUCUGUUCUUUCCCCUGUUGUACCAUGGGAGGUUGAUGAUAUAUGGAGAAUAUAUGCAGGAUAUUUCUUCAUCUUGCAUAUCCCCUUGAGCUUUGGAGGGCUUGGUGUAGUGGCCAAAGUGCUAAAAUGCUCCUCACUCGACCCAAUGACAACAGUUAUUUCCACAGUCAUGCUUCAAUUUGCGGAGCUCUCUUUGGCCUUAGCACUACUUCAGUACAGUUCAAUGCCAGGCAAUGAUGUUCAGGCUUUCUUUGCCAGUAAGGUUUCUACACGUAAUUGGGUCAAAGAAACCGUAAUAGGCUUCACCAUUAUGAUGACCUUGGUAUGGAUCACAUCCAUCUUACCUGACAAGGUGGUAGGACCUGAGGAUGCAUAUGAUCCUAUAUUAAAAGGAAUCCUUUCUGACAGUCCAACCUCUAAGCUACUGUGUUUCUUUCUAUACUGUGUUGUUGCUCCACUGUCUGAAGAAAUCAUCUACCGCGGGUUCCUUCUAACAGCCCUGUCUUCUUCCGUGAAAUGGCGGGACGCUGUCGUGAUGAGUUCACUUGCCUUCAGUGUAGCACACCUCUCCGGUAAAGGUUUCAUUCAGCUGUUUGUCAUUGGGUGUAAUCUAGGGUUAACCUAUUGUCGAACUGGAACUUUGGUGGCUUCUUUCACCAUCCAUUCUUUGUAUAAUGCAGUUACAUUGUAUAUGGUUUUAGCAUCAUGAACAUUGCGGACUAAAUGUGAAUGCAAAUUUGUUUUACUACAGCUUUCUA